UGCGGAAAUUUGUGAACGAAUUAAGUCUCUUUGGGAAAGUCAUAGGGGAUCGAAAGGCCAGCUGGGUUGGAAUCAAGCAAGCUAUGAGCAAUAUUUGGCGAUUAUCUCUGCCUAUGGAGGUUAAGGAAUUAGGGCACAACUUCUUCCAGUUUCUGUUCCAAAAUAAAGAAGACAAGGAAAGAGUUGCAAAAGGCACAAACUGGAAUUUUGACAAUCAGUACCUCAUAUUAACCGAAUGGUUUUAUGGCCUCUCAAUCAAUCACCCCAUAUUCCAAGAGGUGAGUUUCUGGGUUCAAGUUUACAACAUCCCUCUCAACUGGCUUAGCACAGCAGUGGGUCUGAAACUGGGGUCUGUCUUUAAGAAGCUCAAAAAUGUAGUUGUGGUGGGUGCUGGGAGUCAUGGAGGGCACAUUCUUCGUCUUCUAGUCUCCAUUAACAUCUCAGAACCAAUCCCACGAUGCGCAACCAUCAGGCUGGGGGAUUGGCUCAGCACUGUCAGCUUUAAGUAUGAAAAACUCGUAAGUAUGUGCCAUUAUUGUGGUGUUAUAGGACAUCUGGAAAGGAAUUGUGACAAAAGACAACAAGACAUCAUUUCGAAAUAUCUAAAAGAAGGACAAUAUGGAGAUUGGCUGAGAGCUCCGGAAUGUCAGAACUUUGCAUCUUUGAAUUUAUCAGACUCUAGAAGCCCUUCAUCCACCAAUCCUACCACUCCAGCCCAACAGUCUCCAUUGAAAUCGUCUAGAAGCCAGGCCGAAGGGAGUAAUCAAAUUAUGUUGAUGCAAGGUGAAUCUUCUCAUCCUCGACACCUGGAAGCUGAAGUCUCCACUUCCUUUUGUGGGAAUGAUAGAGCCUCCAAACCACCUACCACCGAUUUAAUCCAAGCUGAAGGUAACAAUAGAGAGCUAGUUUUGCAAGAAUCAUCUCCUCUCAACCCUCUGAAUGCAGCUGAGGUGGAAACUUCCAAGAAUAUGGAGAUUGAAGCAGUCUUAGUUGAUGCUACUACUUCCUCUGAUCCACCAACUUUCAAACUUUGCCUCACUUCUCCCGCAGUUAGUGGACCUACUAAAACCUGGAAAAGAGACAGAACCAAGGAUGGAAGACUUCAAAGGGAACCAGUACUCCCCAUCCUCAUUGACAAAGAAAUACCAGUUAAAAGGCAAAAGAAUGAAGAAGAGUCUCCGUCUCAUCAGCAAGGUGACCAGGUUGCAGGUCAGUCUGACAAUAAGAAAUCGAAAUUGAAUUCUGGAAAGGUGGAGAUCACUCUUUGCUUCUUCUCUGUCAAGGGCAUAAACAUCACAAGAUUCCUGCAAGAUUCCACUUUGAAAAGAAAUGGCUCAACAUGGAAGGAAUCAGAAAUAGUCACUUCAUCUUGGUCUCAACAAGUUACAGGGACCCCUUUUUUUAAACUCAAGGAGAAAGUGAAGAAUACUAGAGCUGCCCUUCUCAUCUGGAGCUCCAAGUUCAGGUCCAAAAAUCAACAAUCCAUUGAUUUGCUCACUAAAAAACUUGAGGUGCUUAGGGAAGAUAAAGCUGAAGAUUACUGGGAGCAAUGGAAUGAAACAAGGUCUGAACUCAAUGCAGCCCAUAAGCAAGAAGAACUUCAUUGGCAACAGAGGUCAAAGGUGAAAUGGCUCAAGGAAGGUGAUUCCAACACCAAGUUUUUCCAUGCCUACACACUUCAGAAAAGAAAGCUUAAUGCUAUCUCAAGGCUCUUAACUCCUUCUGGAUCAGUGCUUACAUCCCAUGAAGACAUAGAGAACCACAUUUCUGAAUUUUACUCUGAGUUAUUCACUUCAGAAGGAAGCUGGGAUGGAGAGCUCUUUACUGGACAGAAGGUCAACUUGCAGAAGUCUGGAAUUUUCUUUAGCAGGAAUACUCCCUCCAAUUUGAGAGAUAGCAUCUGUAAUGUUCUUCAAGGAAUUGUUCCUCAUAGAUCAACAAGAUACCUUGGGCUACCUUUGGGUAUUGGCAGAUCGAAAAAGGAAGCUUUUGACUUCAUCUU